AUGGAGAUACCUGCCUCUGGUCUCCAAGCUCUGAAGGGACUCCUGCAUGUAGAGCAGUACCUGUGUGGUUCACAGCGGGAUCCAAGUGUGACUGCUGCUCUUCCAACAGAGCUCUCCGGCACACUUGCUGCUGCUGCUGCUGCAGAGUUAAUCAGCUCUGCCCCAGGAGCCAAACUAAUACCAGGAUCAGAGCUGUUUGGAUUCUGGACAGAGAGGUGGCGCAGCGUUCUCUGCAUUCUUGGUUAUAUUUUCUCUCUGGGGUUUCUUAGACUCCUUUUCUAUUGGAAGCCAGAGAUGGAUGUUUGGUGUCACUGCGUUCCUUGCAGUUUGGCAGAAGCUGAUGUUGUCUUGCUCAGGACCACAGGUGAAAGUAAGGAGUACAUAAAAAAACUGGUGAUUGAGAUCUAUAUUAAUGUAGCCAGUGUAAAACCAGGACAUCCGAUUGUCCAUGAUGAAGAUUCAAUUAUAAGCAAAUCCAUUAUGAGGCCAAAUGGCAAGGUGCGCUAUAUACAAGUACAAAAAAUACGCUAUGUUUGGGUCCCAACUGAGUGCAAGUUUAUGAAAUCUGGGGUUCUAGAUGAUGACCUAUCUUGCUCAGACAUACAUUCAAAAUAUGGUUUUGGUCUCACCAAAGAAGAACAAGAAAUCAGACGACAAAUCUGUGGGCUAAACACAAUUACAGUGAAGAUCACUCCAAUCUGGAAACUAUUGUUCAAAGAGGUUUUCAAUCCAUUUUAUGUUUUUCAAGUUUACUCUUUAAGCAUGUGGAUAGCUACAUCAUACAUCGAAUAUAGCAUAGCUAUUUUGCUCAUGUCCGUCAUGUCUAUUGCUGUAACCAUAUACAAUCUGAGAGUGCAAUCUGUGAAACUGCACAAAAUGUCAGCAGCCUAUAACAGCAUUAUGGUUACUGUACUUCAUAAAAAUGGAGACUAUGAAGAAGUUCAGUCUCAGUCCCUGGUUCCUGGAGAUGUGAUUGUUAUUGGUGGAACAAAGCUUUUUUUACCAUGUGAUGCUAUUUUACUUAGCGGAGGAUGCACUGUGAAUGAAGCAAUGUUAACAGGAGAAACCAUUCCAGUGACAAAGACUACACUACCUAAUAUAAACAAUUGCAUUCCAUGGAUAACACACAGCGGCGAUGAUUACAAGAGACAUAUUCUCUUUUGUGGAACUGAGGUCAUCCAGACCAAGGGCAGUGCUCAAGAUCUUGUCAAAGCUGUUGUCCUACAAACUGGAUUUAAUACAGCAAAGGGAGACCUAGUGAGAGCCAUUCUAUAUAACAAGCCAGUCAAUGUGAAGCUGCACAGAGAUGCCAUUAGGUUCCUCUUGGGACUCGUGUGGGUUGCUGUUUUUGGAGCUAUCUAUACAGCGAUUGUCUACACAAAGAAUGGGGCCAGUAUACAUGACAUAGUACUGAUGUCAUUUCUGAUGCUAACCAUUGCGGUUAAUGCAGCUCUUCCUGCUUCUAUUACCCUGGGUCUUCUGUACGCUCAGACGAGGCUGAAGAAACUGGGCAUUUUCUGCAUCAGUCCUCAAAGAAUUAAUAUAGCUGGGCAACUAAAUCUUGUAUGUUUUGAUAAAACAGGCACUUUGACAGAAGACAUCUUAGAUUUAUAUGGCAUUCUUCCUUGUGAUAACAGCCGUUUUCAGGAUGUGAUUGUCUUCAGUUCUCAUGAUACUCUGUCCUGGUGCCACAUAUUUGAAGCAAUGACUACCUGUCAUUCACUUAUCAAGCUGGAUGGAAAAUUACAGGGAGAUCCACUGGACUUGAAGAUGUUUGAAAGAACUGGUUGGGAACUUGAAGAUUGUGAGACUACAAUUAAUGAAGAUGGGUAUAUGAUUAGUUGCACAAUGGUAAAACCUGGACAUAGAGCUAAAAAGGUGCCAGUGGAAGGAAUCAUUAUUCUGCAUCAGUUCCCCUUCUCCUCCAAUUUGCAGCGCAUGUCUGUAAUUACUCAGGUUAUUGGUGACAGUAAUCUGACAUUGUUCAUGAAAGGAGCACCAGAAAUGGUUAUCCGUUACUGUAAGCCUGAAACAGUUCCACGUGGUUUUUCCGUGAAGCUUGACUUCUACACAAUGCAAGGUUUUCGAGUUAUUGGAUUGGCAUAUCGAAACCAUUCACUUCCAACUUCAUUAGACAUAGACAGGGAAACAGUUGAGUGUGACCUCACAUUUCUAGGCUUACUGAUCCUGGAAAAUCGACUUAAGCCAGAGACAAAGUUUGUUUUACAGGAGCUCAACGAAGCCAACAUUAGAACUGUGAUGGUGACAGGCGAUAACCUUCAAACAGCUGUGACAGUUGGGAAAAAUUCAGGGAUGAUUCCUGGUAACAGUAACAUUAUUAUGUUGGAGGCCUGUGAACCUGAGAAAGAUUUACCUGCAUCACUUACUUGGAAAUCCAUGAUGGAAAACCAAACCAAUGGAAACAAUUCAAAACCAAAAGAUUCCCGUAUUGCUGUUGGUGAUGGAUGUAUAAAUAACUCUACUAUUUUGGGGAACUUUCACUUCGUAUUGACUGGAAGGUCCUUCCAGAUUAUAACUGAACACUUUUAUGAUGUACUACCUAAGAUCCUGUUAAAUGGGAUCAUUUUCGCCAGAAUGACUCCAAGGCAAAAGUGUAAUCUUAUUGAAGAACUUCAAAAAUUAGAAUACUCUGUGGGGAUGUGUGGAGAUGGAGCCAAUGACUGUUGGGCACUUAAAAUGGCUCAUGCUGGAAUUUCUUUGUCAGAAUUAGAAGCAUCUGUUGCAUCUCCUUUCACUUCGAAAAUUCCUAAUAUUGAAUGUGUUCCAAUGCUCAUCAAGGAAGGACGGAAUACUCUUGUUACAUCAUUCUCCAUCUUUAAAUUCUUGACAUUGUUCACCCUGAUAGCAAUAAUUUGCAUUUUACUUCUUUUUUGGAAACAAACACUUAUUGGAAACUAUCUGUAUAUUGUGCAAAGUUUUGUUAUAAACUUUCCAGCUCCCUUAACUUUGAGUCUGACUGGCCCUGCAACAAAGCUUGCUCGGCACCGACCAUCAGGACAUCUCCUCUCUCCUCCUUUGUUACUCUCAAUUCUGCUGCAUUUUAUUUUCACCAUGGUAGUCCAGAUUACUGCUUUCCUCCUGCUUCAGCAGCAGCCAUGGUUCAGUGAAACCGAUGUCUUCAGUGCAUGUCUUCCCUUAAACCUCAGCACAGAAAAUGUUACAAUGAGAGCACAUGGAUUUUCCGAGAACUAUUAUACCGCUACAAUGUUUCAUAUCACAGGCUUCCACCUCCUUAUUGUAGAAUUUGUGUUCUCCAAAGGCAGACCAUUCAGACAGCGCCUGUACACCAACUAUCUGCUUUGCUUAUUGAUCGUAGUACAAGUAGCAAUCCAUGUAUUUCUCCUUUUUGUUGAUAUUAAAGCUAUGUACACUGCUUUGGAGCUGGCGUGUACCCCAUAUUACUGGAGAGGGAACAUCUUCAUUAUGGUGCUAGUUCUGUUCAUUGCAUCUUAUGUGGCAGAGGAAGGGUUCAUUGAAAAUAGAAAACUCUGGCUCUGGUUCAAGAGAAUAUUUAACUACAAGUCGAAAAGUCAGUACAGAAAAUUGCAAAGGGGAUUACAGCAAGAGCCAGACUGGCCUCCUCAGAACAGAACAGACUAUGCAAUGCAUCCUGUUACUGUAAAGGAUUGUGAUGCUGUUGUGUACUGUAACCCAGCUUACUGUACACCUCCGCAUAAUGUAAAAGAAUAUCCAUCAGAUCAGAUGUGUGUAACCAUAUUGUGAUUGCAGAAUAGUUGUCAAAUAGAAAACUGUUGGAUUUGAUGUGAAUUUUGCAGCAACCUUUAUGCAAUUGUGAUUAAUCCUGU